CUCACUUUCUCUCUCUCCGCGUUCCACUAGUAAAGUUGGAAGCCACUUGCCUCCGUGCUACUCCGCUUCUGCAUUUUCCCUAGAAAGUUAAAUUUCGAGCUCUCAAAAAUCAUUGAAUCUUCGAUUUCUCGAGAUUUUCUAUCAAUUUUUUUGCAAUGGGUGUUAAAGUAGCAUACACUUCGCCGUUCCUUCAAUGGGCGGCUCAUCCUUCUUCCUCUUCUCAAACCCUAUCUUCCAGAGCCAUCUCAUCUCCUUCAAAACGACGUCACAACUCACCGUUUCAUCAACCAUCCUCUCAUUUCCUGCCGCAGAGACUGAACCGUUCGUCUCUCUUCGGGACAAAGCUCCGUCGCUCCAAGUCCUGCGAGCUCUGGCAAUCAUCUAAACCGACCAAGACUCACUUAGUCUUCAGCGCAAACCUAAACCCCUUCUCCGACGAAGAGUUCUCCAAAAAGAUCCAAGAGCUUACCCUCAGAUUCCACCACGAGAGAGAAUCAAUGGACUCGAUCGAGAUGAAAGCGAACAGCGUAUUCGACCUCCCUCUCUCGCUUCGGAUCAUAAAGAAGAAGAAGAAGCGAAGACGGGAGGAGGAAGAAGGAGGAGUCAAACUAUCCGGCGAAGAAUCAUCAUCGGCGAUGAGCAAGGCCUUCUCGUCGAUGGUGUUCAUGAUCAGAGAGAUCCAGAGCUUCACGCUCCACAUGAGAGAGGUUCUCUUCUACGAAGACUUGCGAGGGAUCUUGCUUAGGGUUAGAGAAGAGAUGCACGCUUCCUUCCUCUGGCUCUUCCAGCAAGUCUUCUCCGCCACACCCACAUUGAUGGUCUAUGUCAUGAUACUCCUCGCCAAUUUCACCGUUUACUCAAUCGGUGGCAGCAGCAACUCUGCUUUAGCCUCCGCCUCCGCUGCUCCUCCUCCGAUGACCACCGUAACAGAACUAACCACCGAAGCUAAUGAGAAGUUGGAUUCCUCGAUGGUUAAAACGUUCUUUGUAUCCUCUCCCACCAACGGGAACACGACUUCCGUGGGCGGGAACAAUAAUGGCGGCGGCGGGAACAUCCGUCCGGUGUUAAACGGAGCAGAUGGUGACGAUGGAUCAGAACAGUUUAAGACAAUCAUACCCGAAGGAGUCUCGUCAACGCUCGGGUCAACGACAGCAGAGUCAGAGAAGACAUCGGUGUCGGGACAAGAUGAACUCAGGCUGUGGAAUUCGAUUGUGGAGGAAGCAGAGCAAAUGCGGUAUUCGAAGAUAGAUCACGAGACGAGGAAGCGGUUCGUGUCUCCUUUGGAUGCUCGAGUAGAAGAAGCAGAUGAGGAGAUUGAUUACUUCAGAACAGAGCUUCUUUACCAAACGGGACUGUCUCAAGAGCCUAGUAAUCCUCUGCUUCUCGCUAACUAUGCUCAGUUCCUUUACAUCGUCUCUAAUGACUAUGACAGAGCAGAAGAGUACUUCAAGAGAGCGGUAGGAGUGGAACCGAAAGACGCAGAGGCCCUGAGCAAAUACGCCACGUUCUUAUGGAGAGCACGGGACGAUCUUUGGGCUGCUGAAGAGACUUUCUUGGAAGCAAUCGAUGCCGAUCCCACCAACUCUUUCUAUGCAGCUAAUUACGCUAAUUUUCUAUGGAACACCGGCGGUGAUGAGACGUGUUUCCCUCUCGACGAGUCUCAGGAAGACACCAUUUAGUUAAGACUGUCCAACAUCACGUGUCUCUAAAUAAACAUUCUAUACCAACUAAUAAAUAUAUAUAAAUAUAGAUAUGUGCAUAUUGAUGAUGUA